AUGAAUGGGCGCUAUAAAAACUUUAUAAACCCCCCGGAGCCCGAGCAGUGUGAAGAAGAGGAGGCGAGAACGACCCCCGGACCGGCCAAAGCUCGCGCGCCGCUGCAUCCCCGCGUCCAGCGCCUACGUCCCGCCGCCGUCGCCACCAUGCCCAAGAGAAAGGCUGAAGGGGAUGCUAAAGGAGAUAAAGCCAAGGUGAAGGAUGAGCCACAGAGAAGAUCUGCAAGGUUAUCUGCUAAACCUGCUCCUCCAAAGCCAGAGCCCAAACCUAAAAAGGCCCCUGCAAAGGGAAUCCUAGAAUGUGUCAUCCUGUGA